UCAAAAGCUAUUGGGUAUUUAAGAUUAAGCUCCUCCUCGUCAUCAUCAUCAUCUUUUGUAACGUGUACUCCUUAUAAACCAAAUAUAGACACAAACAUCGAAGAAAUUGUAGAUUGGAUUAAAAAAAAAAAGGAACCAUGAAUUGUUCAAUUCGAUUUUCUUGUAGCGCUCUCCCACCCGACAUAAUCUUGAAGAUCGGAUCUUAUCUUGAGGUGACUGAUCUUUGCGCACUCAGUAGCUGUUCUAGGUUCUGGAGAGAGCUAUGUGGUUCUGACAUCUUAUGGGAACCUCUGUUUAAGGAAAGAUGGCCCGUGUUGUCCACUUUUGAUGGAGACAAUACUCUGUUUCCUGAUGCACAAACCGAUGAAACUUCUCAGGAAUGGAGAAGAGUUUACGUGAUGCAGCACAUGGAAAUGGCAUCUAGAGCUUCCGAGGUGAUUGCAUUUGUGACAGAGUGGCCUGCUGCGUUAUCACUAGAGGCCAGCGAGUAUCUACACGCGGUUGAAACCAUGAGCUCGAUGCGGUUAGGGUUUCAAGAUGUGGAGUUGUUUCUCUUCAAACCAAACUUGAGUGUUCUGCUCAACCUGGUUGGACUCAUCUACUGUAUAAAACACCUGAAACCGCGGGAGCAAGUUUUGGAAGCGAUGAGGCGGUGUGGAGUCUCGGAGCAGCUGGUUUGGGUGAAAUGGUUGACGUUAGGUAGAUGGUCACGCGGGAGACGAAUGAGAGACGAGACUGUUUCGCGUCAGGUGUCUCUGGCUGAUGUUGUAACGGGGAAAGAAGAAACGGUUCUACGAGUGCUGCAGCGAGGAGUUGUUCACGAAGUUCUGCGUGUGUGUAUCUCAACGGUUGAUCUUGUUUGCACCCCUUGCACUAGUAGCACCAUCAGAAACUACUAAACCGUACUUGAAUGGAGCUUCCUCUUUCAGCUUCUGGGGGUUUCAUAUAUGCAGUUUGUAAACCGGUUUGGGUUUGUUAGGAACCGAAAAUGUGAUAAACGUAUUGUAACUCUAUGAUUGAAAAUCUUAAAAUUAAUAUAAACUAGAUCUAUUUGCUUUUUAA